AAAUUGUAAUUGUUGAAAUAAAGAGAGGGCUGGAUGAUGUUGCAAAACGUGUGCGCUAUUCAAUUAGGGCAUUAUUCGAGUAAGCUGUGAACCAAAACCACAGAGCUUCGCUGAUUAGUGCAGUCAGUUCCAACUCCAAUUCUUCACCAUCUUCUCUCCUUCAAUCGCGAAUUCAUCUUUCUUCUCCGAUUCACGCCAUCAAUUCUCGUAAUUGAAUUCUCCAUCACAAUCUCAGCCACACACUCUUCUCUCCGUUCCGAAUCUCUUACCGUCGGAAGAUGUCGGGCGGUUUCUUUCGUGGUACGUCUGCUGAUCAAGACACUCGGUUUUCGAACAAGCAAGCGAAGCUGCUUAAAUCGCAGAAGUUUGCACCGGAAUUGGAGCAUCUGGUGGACACAACGAAGGUGAAUAUGGAAGUAAUGAAGCCUUGGAUCACUAGAAAAGUGACCGAGCUUCUUGGGUUUGAAGAUGAAGUGCUUAUUAACUUCAUACACGGUCUUCUGGAAGCGAAGAUAGUGAACGGGAAGGAAGUUCAAAUACAAAUUACUGGAUUCAUGGAAAAAAACACUGUCAAGUUCAUGAAAGAGCUUUGGACACUUCUUCUCAGUGCACAGAAAAAUGCCAGUGGUGUUCCUCAGCAGUUCUUGGAUGCUAAAGAAGAAGAACUCCUGAAAAAGAAGGCUGAACAUGAUAGAAUAACAAGUGAAAUUCAGAGGAAGAAAGAUAAGGAAAGUAAAGAGAUUAGGGAGGAGAGGCUGAAGAAACUGGACGGAGGAUUAGAUGCGAAAGAUAAUGAUACUGCUUCAGACCCAGCUUUGAAGCCCAGGGAUUCAGGGAACUACAUUCAGGAUGGGAAAGAAACUGACAAGAGGAAUGGUGUUAAAGCAAGGAACAGGGUUUCUAGGUCCCCACAUUCACCUGCAGUUUCCACCUCACCUCAUCGAGGUUUACCUUCAAGGGCAAGGGCAAACAGUAAAUCAUUUUCGAAUUCCCGAAGUUAUUCAAGGAGUAUAUCCAGAUCUCCAGAGGCUCGAGGACGUUCCGUUUCUUCCGGAAGGAUACAACGUUCUUCACGGCAACAGUCUAUUUCUCCUCGAAGGCGCUCUCCACAACGAUCUCCUCAUAGGAGGCCUUCUUAUUCAAGGAGAAGAUCAAGAUCUGCCUCAGACUCCAAAUCUCCUCCUAUACGACGUGGAGUGCAUUCUCCAUUUCGUCGACGCAGAACACCCUCUCCUGUUAAAAGACGUAGAUCCCCCUCUCCAGUGCGACGACGUAGAUCGCCCUCUCCAGUUCGACGACGUAGAUCACCCUCUCCAGUACGACGACACAGAUCACCACCCUCUCCAAUACGACGACGCAGAUCACCACCCUCUCCAGUACGACGCCGCAGAUCACCUUAUCCUGUGCGACGACGCAGAUCUCCCUCUCCUAUACGACGCCGCAGAUCACCUUCUCCUAUGCGACGACCCAAAUCACCUUCUUCAAUGCACCUACGUAGAUCACCGUCACCUGUUAGACAAAGAAGGGCACCCUCACCCAUGCAACAGAGAUCUCCUAGCAUCCGGCGUAGGUCACCUUCACCGAUGCGCCGAAUACCACCAAGCCGUGGGCGUAGGUCAAGCUCUCCAAUGCAAUCUCCCACAAUGCGAAGGUAUGAUAGUAGAACUCCGCGGCGCAGGUCUCCCUCUCCCUUGCGGAAUAGAUCACCUGUUUCUGGCAAGAAAAGAUCUACAAGUGCCUCCCCUAAGAGGUCUCCUUCUCGAGAUGAAUGGAGUUCUCAGUCUCCUGUACGUGUAUCUCCAUCCUCAGCCAGGAGAAUUUCACCAAGACACCAAAGAAGUCCUGUGCAGUCUUCUAUGGGAAGAGUCAGGGUGCAAAAGAAGUUGUCGCCGGAAGUUUAUCAACCCUCUAGUCCUUUGCAGUCUGUACAAAGAGAUAAAAAUGGCAAAGCUUCAGGCUAUAAAUCUCCAGAUUCAAUGUCCACACCAGAUAAGUCUCCAAUUCGAUCAAUAUCACCACAAGCAAGAAGUAGGACCAGCAUUAAAAAUAGAAGUCCACGUGAAAUCCCUCUGAGGCAAACAAGAGAGAACUUGACCAAGGAAGGAAGCUUGAGUCCACCAAAGAAACCAACAAACCAUAAGCCUAGCCAUGGCAUUCCAGAGACCAGUGAAGGAGCUGAAGAAGCAUAUUAUUCUAGAGAGCGCAGAGAUCCCAAAUCAAAUUCAUCUGAAAAGAAAUCAAGACACCCCUCCCCGGUUAGUAAGCGAAUAGGUUCAUCUGCAAAAUUUCAUCACGAGGAUGAGUUUUAUCCUGAAAGGGCAGCUAGUCACGAGGAUGAUAACAAUAAAUGGAGUAAGAAAGGCCAGGAUAUAAAAUGUGAUAAAUCUUCUGGCAAGGGAGGUGAGUCUCCUGUUCAACAAAAGUCACCAAUGAACAAAGAAUUUGUUUCUAGCGAGAAGCCUCAUGAUUCUUAUGCAGCAGAAAUAAAAAAAUCUGAUGACAAGGAUCAAUCCAUUUCAAAAUAUGCCAAAAGCAGCGAUCAGCACAAAAAAUCAGAAGCUGCUCAAGAUUUAGUUGAAAAAGCUGAUCACGUCAAUCAGAGUGCUUCUUGUGAUUCUGGUUCUGAAGAAAGUGGUAAGCAUAGAAGAGAUGGAAAGGAUAGGAGAAAGCAUAAAAGGUCAGAGAGAAAAGUUGACUCAUCUGAUGAGAAUGAUAGUUAUGAUUCUGAGUUAGAGGACCGGAAAGAGGCCAAGAGGAGGAAAAAGGAGGAGAAGAAGAAGCUGCGAAAGGAGGAAAAACAUCGAAAGCGGGAAGAGCGGCGGCGGAAAAGGGAAGAACGGCAUGCUGAAAAGCUGAAAAUGAAGAGUAAAACAGACUAUAUUUCAGACGACGAGGAAGUUGAACGAAGGGAUGAUGAAGAGGCACCAUAUGAUCCAAAGAAGCUUGAGAUCGAGCUACGGAAUAAGGCUCUUGAAUCCCUUAAAGCAAAGAAGGGCAUGAAUAAUUAAAUAAUACACUUCUGUGUUUUAAGUUGUUUUCUGAAUUAAACUUCUUCAGAAAUAUCUCCUUAGCUUCUUUAAACACAUGGAUUUGCAAAUGUUAUGUUAUUUAUUUUUUGGUAAAUGUUUGAUGUAGUCUAUCUUUAAUGCUGGCAGACGAAUUGGAUAAAUGACGAUUUCUGAGCAAAUCUGUUGAGUACAACUCUAUGCAGACAUUCCUCUAUAUUUACCGGUAA